AUGAUGGGACGCUGUUUGUGUUCGGCAUUUACUGUUUUAUUACCAUCUGCUGAUGCAGUUCAGAUGACUGGCGUUUCUUUACUUGCCAGUGCACCUCUCGCAGUGCUGUUUGUGCUGCUUGUAAAAUCUCUGCGAAAAGCGGCCAGACUCAAGGAGAUCAUGGAGUACUCUAGUUCUCCGGUUUUGGAGGCUGUUGGAGAAUAUGUUUCUCUUGUAGAAAGAGACUCCAAUUCUGAUUCAGCGGCAGAAUAUGAAGGCGAUGAAUUUGCGGGUUAA